CCCCCGCCGUGUCCGUCUCGCGUGGCUGUUCCGCAAAGCACCUGGGCAAGGUCUGCCCUGCCCUGCCCUGAGCGCCAGAGAGCCAGACCCGAGCGAGAGCAGAGGCAGAGCAAACGCGCUCCGAAGGGGAAUCGCGGCACUUUCCCUCCUCCCCACCCGCCGUGUAGAGGUGCCCGCGGAGCUUUGCCAGGGUCCCGCCUUGUCUUUCUCGUCGGGAGGUCGAGAAGCCCCUCGGGUCCUCCCCAGGGAAGAGGAAUGGGAGGGCUGCCGCUGGCGGCGACCCAGUUUACCCGGAGCCCCUAAAACAGGCAGUCACAGCGGCGACAAUGGCACUCCGACCCGGCACGGUGCUGCUACUCAUCACGCUGGGGUACUUGCUCCAGUUACUGACGGCAGAAACUCAGUGUGAAAAUAUUUAUCAAGAUUUCUCUGGCUGCAUCUUAAAAUUAGGAGAGAACAUGGCUAGAUAUGAAGAAGAAGCUGAAGAAGACAAAUUGAACCAGAGUCUGGUGCAAGGAUUGCAGGUUGUUUGUGGAUAUUGGAACGAAUUUCAUAAUUGUGCGAUGGCUACUCUUCGGGUGUGCCAGAAGGAGAUGGUGACUGUCUGGGAAAAGUUGAAAAGGGAAUCUAGAAAAAUCAAAUUUGAAGGCAAUCUUUUUGACCUCUGCAUCUCCAGUAACUACCAGAAUUUACCCUCAUCCCAGGUCCCAACCCUUUUUCUAUUAGGCAUCACUCUGAUGCUCAUUUGGUUCAAUUUAUGAAGGCAACAGCUCUGUGAUUUUGUACAAAUUAAUGAAUGCUUCCCCCCCCCUCUUAAUAUUUGGAAAAUAUUGUUUCUGGCGGUUUUUUCCCCCUGUUUUAGUGAAUUUUCAAUUGUGGUAACAGAAUUUCCUAACGUUUAAUUUUUCCAGUGAGAUCAGUUGUAAAUAUGGCAAGCGUUCCAAUUGAAUUUUGACAAUCAAAAGUUGUGCAUGCCUUAAGGAUCUCAAAAUUAAAUGACUAAAAUACAGCUUGCAUAGGAAACUAUGGCACGAGUGGAAUGGUGUCACCAGAUUUUGUAUCGUGACCUGCUAAUUAGGGUUUGCUUUGGUAAACCUCUCAUUCCAACCGUUGUACUGAUUUCUACAUUUAAAGAACUUUUUAGCAACUUUCUUUUUGUAUAUAGAUGUAACUUCUGUAAUUAAUAGAUUUGCAGUUUUAAGAAAGAAAAUGUUGGGGAACUCAAGAGGGUCACAUGCAGAGGUGGGUUUCAGCAGGUUCUGACCAGUUCUGGAGAACCGGAAAUUGGAGUAGUUCAGAGAACUGGUAGUAAAAAUUCUGACUGGCCCGACCCCCAUCUAUUUUCUGCCUCCCAAAGUCCCCACUGAUCAGGAGAAAAAGGAGAUUUUACAGUAUCUUUCCUCUGCCACAGCCACCAAGCCACAGCCA